AUGAAUUUCAUGAACUCGCUGUGGCUAGACAAGAUAGGUCGCAUUCCCAUUAUGGUUAUAGGGCAGAUUGGCUGCGCAGUGUCAGUGGCGGGCUUCACUGGCUGCGUAGCCACAUACAGCGGAACGGAUAACAAGAUUGGAAAUGGAUUUGGAGUUUUCUUCCUCUAUCUCUUUGUGACAUUCUUUGGUGGCUCCAUGGACGCCUCUUCCUACGUCUACGCUGGUGAGCUCUUCCCAACGUCCAUACGAGCUCAAGGCGCCGGAUUCAGCAUCUCUGCGCUAUUCUGCUUUUCUCUGAUAUACACUAUGUGUGCACCCGUUGCUUUCCACACCAUCGGCUGGAAAUACUACAUCAUCUUCAUCGUCAUGCCACUUUUUGGUGCAACUCUCAUGUACCUUUUUUAUCCUGAAACAAAGGGCUUGAGUCUUGAGGAGAUUGGCGCUAAGUUUGGGGAUGAUGUCGCCGUUGAUCUAACGCACAUGGACGAAGAGGAGCGAAGAAAAUUAGACAAGGGAUUGGCGAUGGGUUUGGAGGUUGAAAGGCUGGAGAAUGAAGACACUGAUGUUGAAAAGAGCAGGAUUUAA